UAUCUACGCGCCUCUUUAAGAUGACGCUCCGGAAGCGCAUGGCCAGCAGUGACGUUUCGCGGUAACCGUCGUGUCUUUUAAACAGCGCCAUUCAAGCAAUCAGACAAAGCGCCCGUCUCGUGUUUGUAGUUUAACAGUAGACUUUCGCCAUGUCGGUCAGCGACAUGUUCUCCUACAUUCAGGGCUUCCUGAGCGCCGACCAGGACGUCCGAGAGGACAUCCGAAAAGUGGUGCAGGUGUUGGAGCAGACCGCAAGAGAAAUUCUCACUGUUCUUCAAAGUGUACAUCAGCCGUCGGGAUUCAAAGACAUCCCUGAUAAAUGUACAAAGGCCAGAGAAUUGUUUGGCACAGUUCAGAUGCACAUUGCUGACUUGAAGACCAAGUUCCCUGCGGACCAGUAUUAUAGGUUUCACGAGCACUGGCGCUUUGUCUUGCAACGUUUGACCUUCCUGGCGGCUUUCGCGGUCUACCUGGAAAGCGAGGCCCUUGUGACCCGUGAGGAGGUGGCACAAAUUCUGGACAUUGAGGUGGUGCGAGACAAAGGCUUUCAUCUGGACGUGGAGGACUACUUGGCGGGUGUGCUGAUCAUGGCCAGUGAACUGUCACGCUUGGCGGUCAACAGCGUAACCGCAGGCGACUACAACCGCCCUUUGCGCAUCUCCAAUUUCAUCAACGAGCUGGACUCGGGUUUCCGUCUGCUCAACCUGAAGAACGACCCCCUGCGCAAACGCUACGACGGCCUCAAGUAUGACGUCAAGAAGAUCGAGGAGGUGGUCUAUGACCUCUCCAUUCGCGGACUCGCCAAGGAGGCCAAGAGUGAGCAAUAGGAAACUUGUCAUGGGCAAUGCUGGAAGUCAAAUUUGCCGGGUUCUGACUGAGGGGCCGUCUUGGAUGGACGUUAGCCCCGUUCACAUUGCCGAUCAGUCGUAACAAAAAAAAUCCUCGCUGUGUAUUGACACUGUUACGACCAACCAGUAUUGGGGACACACUAGAAAGAAAAAUAGAGUGGGAAUAAAGUCUUAAUAUUACGAGAGAUCAACAGUUUCACAGUCUGCCAAAAAAAGUACUCUUAAUGUUCUUGACUAAUAACCUUAUUACUUUAAAAGAAAGAUAACACUUUUCACCUUGCAUUGGUAAUUUUGCUCCCUUAAAAUGUUUUGCAGUAUUGUGCUUUUUUUUCCCCCCCUUGGGGAAAACAGUACAACAUUUGUCAUGUUAAAUUACAGUAUACAAAUUUUAGUGUUGCAUAAAUAAGCCUAAAUUCUGUGGGGGGGUAUUUUGUUAAAUAAUCCCUUAUCACAUAAAAAAGCGCUUUCAAACACCUUUUUCUUAAAUACAUCUUUUAUUGUAAUAUUGUGCAUGCAUUUCAUUUUUAGAUUUUAGAUUUCUUUUUGCAUGCAAAUCCUCAAAGUAGCCUUUUCUAAAAAAAAAAAAGUAUGACUUUUCUCUUGAAGGUAUAAACUUCAAUUAUUUUGUAGCAUGCUGUUUUUCCUCAGUAAAAAUAAUAAAAAUAGACCAAUUUUGUAAUAUUAGGUCAUUUGUCUUAUUGAAAAAAA